CUCCGCGAACAACGGCCCCUCUCACUACUGCUCUCCCCCCCCCCUCCAAAAAAAAAAGCCACCUCACUAAUUCCCAGUGCAGGAUAAUAGGCUCUAAGGUGGCUGGGGAGAGAGCGAGCGCGCGGGGGGCGAGCCGGAGAGAUCCGCUCUCUCACUCCCAAACUUUGAUGAUGACCAUGACUACGAUGGCUGACGGGCUGGAAGCGCAGGACUCCUCCAAAUCCGCCUUCAUGGAGUUCGGGCAGCAGCAGCCGCCGCAGCAGCAGCCGCCGCCGCCGCCGCAGUCCCACUCCCAGCAGAGCUCGCCGGCUAUGGCAGGCGCCCACUACCCGCUGCACUGCCUGCACUCGGCGGCCGGCUCGCACCCGCACCACCAGCACCACCACCACAGCUCGCCCUACCCCGCCAGCGGCAACUCCUACAACCACCGCUCGCUGGCCGCCUAUCCCUACAUGAGCCACUCGCAGCACAGCCCU